AUGAUCGCCAAUCAUCUGCUCUCACUCUCCUCAACGACUCAAGUGACGAAAUACCAGACAAUCAGGCGAUGUCACCGGCGGAUCCGUCGUGGCAUUGGCUUUCUGCUGCAUGGUAUUGCGAUCCUUCGAAAACGCAAGCUCGGACCUAGCCAAGUUCCCGAAGGAUACUACCCCGUCAGGCAGCGGCAUGGCAAGAUCUCGAAGCAGCUCCCCAACCUCGGACUUGACGUCCUCAAGCGGCUCAACGCCCUGCUGCCGAACCCAAUGGAUAAGAGCGAGGAGAAGACGCAGUCUCUUGUCGUAGAGGUUGUAGUGCUCUUCCGCGCCCUGUUGCUGGAAGCCGGCAAGGUCGAAUAUUGCCUGCCUACCUGA